GUAAAUAUGAAAAUAAGCUACAUGUAGACUCUAUGGCCAAAAUUAAGCCACGUAUGACGUAGCUAGGAAGUCGUUUUGCCAAUUUUCAGAUCAGGUGAUGGUGCCAUACUUGUGAUCAGUUGUAGCCAAGCCUGCUGAGAUGUCUCAGGCUGCAUCACCCAGUGCACAGGAGGGAGGGGACACUAAACAGUCCCCUGCCCCCAAGGCUGGCAAGCUGGAGAGUCUACCUAAAGAAGAUCUAAUCAAGUAUGUCAAGAAACAAGCCAUGCAGGUUCAGAAGAUGAAAGCUAAAUGUGAAGAUUUGGCAAAGAAGAACGCAGAGCUUCAGAGUGAGAAGAAAAGUAGCCCUACAUCAGCGGCGUCAGAUGGGAAGACGAGUAAGAUGGAGGAAGAGCUGAAAGAAUUGAGAGAAGAGAAUGAGGGAGUGCAAGCAGCAUAUAAUGCCGUCCAGCAACAGCUAGCUCAGGCAGCAGAAGUACAAGAGACUCUGCAAGAGGCUCUGAAUGCCGCAUCGGACCAGAGGAGUGAAGCUGAGAAACAACAGCAAGCUGCUGUAGCUCAACUAGAGAAGGCUAACUCCAAGAUGAAGGGUUUGGAGGAACAGAUUCAGUGCAUGGAGAUGAAAGAAGAGACCAUGCGAACUACAUUCCAAUGUUUACAAGAAGAUCAACAAGCAAUCACAAACGAGAAUAAGAGCCUGAAAGAGCAAAUCACAAUCCUGACUGAAGCUAGAGAUCAGACCAUUGAAUCCUUAAAAGCCUUGAAACAAUCUAUGUCGUCAGAAUCAAGCAAGGAUGACGAGACCAAGAGACGGUUAGAUGAAGUCAUCUCAGAGAAAAAUGAGCUUGCCCAGAAGAUUUCUUGUCUCCAGGAAGAUCAGGUGACCAUGUUGCAGGAGAUGGAUUCUUUGAAGUCAGAGCUGAAGAGUGUCAACGAGGAGAAGAAGGAAAUAACGGACGUUUCAAGAAAGGCAAGUGAGGAGGCAGAGGAGGGAUUGAAGAUCAUGGAGGAGGAAAAGCAAGUGAUGAUGAAGGCUGGGGUAGAGUUACAGGAACAGGUAGAGAAUCUCCAGAAUCAACUUGCAGAUGCAGAAGAGGGAUAUAAGACACGCCUUGAGACCCUGAUGCAGACUUCAGAGGAAGCUUCCGGUUGUGCACAACAGCUGCGAGAAGAACUGAAGACGAUGAACGAAGACCUAGCCAGACUACUUCAAGAGAAGGAAGAUCUCAUCAUAACCAAAGAUGAGGCUAAUGCCAGAGCUAAUGCCUUGGAGGAGAAAGCUCAUGAAUGGGAGAGAGAGAAGGAACGAGAACAGACGAAGAUGGAGGAAUAUGAAGAGGAUAUGUCACGUCUCAAAGUCCAGGUGGAAGAGCUGAACACUCUUAAGGAUCAACUGACAAAGCUUGGUGCAGAAAAGGACAGCCUAAAAACUGAAGGGGAGAGAUUGUCUGAAGACAAUUCUAGAUUAACAGCAAGCAUGAGAGAGACUGCAGAGGAAAGAACACAUCUGUCAGAAGAACUUGAGUCUUUGAAAUCAGGUCAGACUGAUUUGAAUCAGGUUCUCCAGAAGCAACUUGAUGAUACCACAAAAGAGAAGAACAGUCUUAAAAAGAAUCUUCAAGAGCUUGAGCUGAGUUAUGGGUGCCUUCAGAAGGAAGCUACUGCAAAAGAGGCUGAACUUGAAGAGAUAAAGAGAUCAGUUGGAGAAAAAGAGCAACAACUUGAGAAAUUACAAGAAGACAAAUUGAAGAAGGAAGAAGAAAUGACCAAGAUUGAAGGUUCGCUGCAACAAUCUCUUGACUCUGCAAAAGAAGAUGCUGAGAGGAUGAAAGAAGAAUUGAAGAGUGUCGGGGAAGGUGUGUCAAGCGAGGAAAACAAAAAGGUGGAGGACCUCACCAACGCCAAGGGAGAACUUGAGAAAAUCAUCAAGGAAAUGAAAGAAGAUGUCGUCAGAAAGGAUGAAGAGAUGAAAGAUUUAAAAGAGAAACUUGAAGAAGUUGAGGGCGCUUUAGAGUCAUCCAGAGAGGAGAAACGAAAGAAGGCGCAGUUGGUGGAAGAUCUAGAAAAGGAAUUGACAGCUCUGAAACACACUAUGAUGAAAGGAGAUAAUGAGAAGAUAGAGGAGAUGUGCCGUAAAGAAGAAGAAUUACAAUUAGCCCUGGGAACUGCAAAAGAAGAUGCUCAAAAGAAGGAAGAGGAGAUGAAAGAGUUGAAGGAAGAGAUGGAUGUAGUGAAGGAACAAUUGAUGCUGAUCAGAAUGGCUCAUCUUGAAAGCAUGCAGCAAAGCUCAGAAUACCAACAACAAGUGGAGACCCUUCAGAAGACACAGAGCUCUACAAGUAAAGGAGAUGAUAUAAGAGCAAGUAAGCUGGAAUCCAAAAAAGCUGAACUGGAGCAGGAGAAAGGGGAAAUAGAGAAGAAAGUUACAGCAUUGCAGAAAGAGGUAGAUCAAGGUAAGAAAAUCAUCGAAGAAUUGCAAGAGCAGAAGGAGCAGCUCCAAGCUUGCAUCACCAAACUUGAAACAGAGAUGAGCUCCACCAUGAAGGAGCUUCAAGACCAGAUGACCUUACAUGAGCAGGAGAAGGAGACGUACCAGGCCAGUCUGCAGGAGCUUCUAGACCAGAUGACCUUACAUGAGCAGGAGAAGGAGACAUACCAGGCCCGUCUGCAGGAGCUUCAAGACCAGAUGACCUUACAUGAGCAGGAGAAGGAGACGUACCAGGCCAGUCUGAAGGAGCUUCAAGACCAGAUGACCUUACAUGAGCAGGAGAAGGAGACGUACCAGGCCAGUCUGAAGGAGCUGGAGCAGGGAGCUGUUCAGGAACGUAGGAGAUUGGAGGAGAAGAUCCUGGAGCUAGAGGGAAGCAAGGAGAAGUAUGCAUCUAACUUUGAGAAGCUGAAGAAAGCAAGCACGGCUAAGGUCCAGGAGCUGCAGGAGCAGAUCAAGGAGCUGAGGAGCUCCAGGGAGCAAGGAGACAACAACAAGGAGACACAGCUAGUACAACUUCAAGAUAAAAUAAGUUCACUGAGUGAUACCGUCACUCAACUCCAAGAUGCCAAUGACAGCCUUCAGUCCAGACUGGAUGAAUUAUUGUCGGAGAAGAAUGCCCUCUAUGCCGACUUGGAGACAGCCAUGCAUCAGAACGAGGUCAUGGGUCAGAAGGAAAGUGACAUUACUCAUCAGGUCAAUGACCUAGAGGUCACUCGGCAGAAGCUGAUUGGUCAAAUGCAAACUAUGCAGUCCAAACUAGAUGGGCAUAUUACUGAGAAUGAGAGUCUGAAAUCAACCGUGGAGGAGUUAAGAUCUCAGAAAGAUGAUGUCACUAACCAGAUGACUCAACUCAGAGAAACAGUAGCUGAACUCAAUGCAAAGAAAGGACAGUUGGAAGAAGAGUCCCUGCAGAGAUCAGCCUGUCACAAUGAAGGGACCCAACAAGAAAUAGUUUCUUUGAAGAAAUCAGUGAGAGAAUCUGAAGAGAAAGUCCAGAAGAUGAAAGCAGUUGCUCUGAAAGCUAAGAAGGAGCUUGACCUUAACAAGAAACAGAUGGUAGCUAUUUCACAACAGAAGGAACAGACACAGUCUGAGCUGCAGACUAUGAGUAAGAGAUAUGAAUCACUGGAAGCUAGGCUCUCCGGGAGUCACCAACAUGUGGAGAACUAUCAGAGUCUACACAAUGAGUAUGAGAAGCUUCAAGAUGAAUUGGAGGCAAAAACUGAGAGGAUAAAAGAAUUGGAGAAGCAGAUUUCAGAAACACAGCAAGACUUGAAUAAUCUCUCGAUGGAGUGUACUCAGACGAAGCAAUUGAAGGAAGAGCUAGUCCAGAGACUUGACGGUCAAGACAAGGAGAUUAAGACUUUAGAGAGGGGCGUGGCCGAGAUGAGGAGCAGGGCGACGGUUGCCGAGGAGGAGAGGGAUGCUGAGAGGACAGAGAAGACAGAGAAAGAGCAACAACUGCAACAGGCAAAUGAGAGAGUUGUCAUCCUUGAGAAAUCCUUGAACGAACAGAAGACAACACAUGAUAACACCACUAGGAAACUAGGAGCUGCUCUUCAAGAAGCCAGUCAGAGCAAUCUUAUGGAUCUGGAAAUAGCAGACUAUGAGAAAACGGUAUCAAGUCUGAACGCAACUAUCGAUGAGAGAGACACCAAGAUUACUAACCUCACAACGGAGGUGGACAGUCUGGAGAAGAGACUAGAUGCAAUGCAGAAUGAAGUCGCUGCGGUAGGUAACCAGCGUGACCAGGCGGAGGAGAGAGCAAACAAAAUCAAGGGGAUGUUGAUGAAAGCUAAGAAGGAGCUCUCUGAUCUGAAGAAGACGGAGAGCGAGCAGAGAAGUGCAGAGGCUGCCCUCUAUGGCCAGGUGGAGUAUCUCACUCAGCAGGCCGAGGAUGGCAAGAUGGAGCAAGCUAAGAUGGCCGCAGACAAUCAGAAACUCAAAGACCAGAUGCGUACAUCCAACGAGUCUAACAUGAGGGCGGUAAGGAGUCUGGAACAGAAGGCUACUCUGCUCCAGGAGGACCUAGACCUAGCCAACAGAGAACUCACUGGCUGCCAGGCUGAGUUUGAGAGCUAUAAGGUCAGAGUUCAUAGCGUCCUCAAGCAACAGAAGACCAGGGAGACCAAUCCUGUUGCCAUGGCAAUGGAUGCAAGGGAGAGAGAGGAGUCAGAGCAGAUGAUGCAAGCCUUGAGGAGUAAACUGAAUGAGACGGGAGAUAAGAUGGUUGCUUUGAGGGCAGAGCAUGAGCUGUUACAAGGAGAGCAUGAUCGUUUGUCAGCGAGACACAGUGAGGUCAUACAAGAUAUGGAGGCUAAAGAAGCACUUGCAAGAGAAAGGUUGGAGAAGCUUCGUAUUGAGAGCCACAGCAGGAACAUAGAGCAUACUGAAUCCAUCAAAGAAUUGACAGCACAGAAUGAGGCCUUGACGUCCUCAUUCAAGAUUCAAAUGAGGCAACUGCAGGAUGAUCAUCACCGAACGAUGGACAGCUUACAGCGCCAGCUAGAGUCCACCGAGAACCAGCUUUACCGUGCGCAGCAGGAGAUACAGAGGAAUAACAGCAUGGUCGUCAUCCCAACACGCACUCCAGUGGAGUCUAGUAAAGAGAGCCCUCUAGAGUCAGCCAUUAGGACAGUGCCUGGGGAGAGAGAACAGGCUGAAGGUAUGGAGCAUACAGAUACAGAGAUACCCAAAAGCAAGCUCCGCCCCACUCUUCCACCAAUCAGCACACAGAGCCCCACCCAAGCCCCGCCCUCUGUACCCUUCGCACAGCUCCUCUCCUCACCGACCGAUGACAGACAGAGCAUCUUCAGCGCGGUCAGCUCUACGGCCGAAGAGGAGCAGCUUAAAAGCCAGUUGACUGCUGCUCAGCAUAGAAUUGACCAUUUCACAGAGAUCACUGGAGAGAAUGAAGCAGCUAUCCUGAGGUUGACAGAGCAAGCAAAGGUCUUAAAGGAAGAGAUCAGACGAUUAGAAAGAAACCAAGCCAGGGAAAAUGCAAUCUCAAACAUGGAAUACUUGAAAAAUGUUGUACUCAAGUUUGUAUCUCUUCCUCAAGGAGAUGAGAAGGGGCGUCUUCUACCAGUGCUGAAGACCAUGUUGAAACUCAGUGAUACAGAGAUCAAGCACUUAGCUACUAUUGCCCAAGGUGAUGAUGCGACACAGAAGUCUGGAUCCCCAGCUGGCUCCUAUCUUCAUCGAUGGUCAGGUGGCCUCUUAUAGGCACCAUGAACACCAUUAACCUUAAGAAGGGGGCAAAUCUGUUAUAGACAUGUUUGACUGUUGAAUCUCAAUUUUAAAGUGCAUUAGAAAUAUAUCCACCAAGAUGAAUACCUUUAUUUUACUUUGUGUCACAUGAAUUUGUAUACUGUAAUGAUACGUGUUGAGAUUUUAUGAUUGUGCCACUGGGCUUUCUGCUUUUAAAUUUCAUAGAAAGGUAAAUAGUUGUGUUCAUAACUUAAAGAACAAAAUUACAUGUAUAGUUCUUCUACGUAUCAUCAAACUUCAUUUGAAUUAUACAUUAUUUGUGUACAUAGUGAUAGUAAUGGGGAAUGAUUUAAUAAACAGAAGAAAAAACCUUCAGGUUUGUAUUUUAUAUAGAGAGGUGUCGUGGUCGAGUGGAUA